AUGGUUCUAAUGAGACCUAUCAUAGAAGAUCAGGUUUGGUUAACUGAUUCUGAAAGUGGUUAGUCUUAAAAUUUGGGUUGAAAUUCAUUUUUUAGUAGUAGGGGGGGGGGGAUAGAGGAGAGAGGUUUUAAAUUUCAAAAUUCAAAAAAACUUUUUUAAAUUGAGAUGUGAAAUUUAAAGUUUAAAAAUGGGAUUUGAAAUUUUAAAACUAGCUUAAGGGGCAUUGAAACAACAUGUUUUGCCAAUUAAAAUCUUUAUUUUUCAGAGAAUGGCGAUUUGGACGGAACUGAAAGUUUGGACAGAUUUCAUUGGAAUCAGAAGAGCUUAAGGGCCAGCCAAAAACGGGCUAGCCAAAUGCCAAAGCCAACUAUUGUUAAUGCUUAUAAGUCUGUAAGUUUUUUAUGCUUAGGAUGUUGUUUUUCAACUUUUUUUUUUAUUUUUUGGAGAGGGACGAGAAUUUUUGUAUCAAGAAUUGCGCUUUUCCCUACUCUAUCCUAUUAUACUCCAAUUUAUUGGACUCUUCCCUUCUCUAUCUUACGCAAUAAUUGGAAUGAACAAUAACUUACUUUGCCAUUAAAACAGUGUUUUUAUGUAAAAUACGUAGUCAAUCAAAAGUUAUUUGAAAGUUUGAACUUUUGAAUAGGUCUAGAAGAUUGUAUGGACAAUUGUUAACCAUAGUUGUUUUUUGAAAAAUAUAAGGGAAGAACAAGUUUUGCAAAAAUAUAUGUCUGUAAAAACAAAAAAUAACAUCUAUAAUUUUUAAAAAUUAGUUUUUAACACUGUAGCAGACUACAUGACGUUUUUCAUUAGAAACGAGCAGUUUGUGAAAUUAUUUAUUAAAAAUUAGAAUUUUGUGAUAUUUUUCAUUACAAAUGAGGGUUUUAUGAAAUUUUUCAAUAGGAAUGAAGAUUUUAUCACAUUUCUCAUUGGAAAUGAUUUUAUAACAUUUUUCAAUAGAAAUGAGCAUCUUUCUUAAAGCUGUAUUAAGGAACAUAUGACAGGUUGGUUACCAAAAAAAGUAAAAGCAUUUGUAAAUAUUUGCUUUUCUUCUUAUGACAGUUUACUUCACCUACAUUUAUGGAGUAUUAUGGAGAAAUUAUUUAGUAACUCGUUAGGUUCUAUGCAUAAUAGUAAGCGUUUUUACAUUUCUGUUAUAAAAUGUCAUAAAAAUGAAAAAGGUUUAGAAAAUGUCAUCAAAUGUCAUAAAAUACUCAUUUGUAAUAAAAAAUGUCAUAAAUCCUUUAUUUUUAGUAAAAAUUGUCAUAGAAUCCUCAUUUUAAUGAAAAAUGUCAUCAAAUCCUCAAUUCUAAUGAAAAAUGUCAACAAAUCCUCAUUUUUUAAUAAAAAAUGUCAUAAAAUCUUCAUUUCUAAUGAAAAAUGUCAUCAAAUCCUCAUUUUUAAUGAAAAACGUCACAAAAUUGUCAUUUUUAAUAAAAAAUUUUAUAAAGUAUUUAGACUUCAAAAAAAACGUAUUUUACAAUAACUUUUUUUCCUAUAAUUUCUCUCUAUUUUUACGAAACGUAAAACUUCUAUGCACAUGUUUACUGAUAACAAAUAAAAAUUUAUGGGAAACGGGCCUAAUUAAUUAACUUUACGAGCGAAUUUUUAACUAUUUUGAUAUCGAAAACAUAUGAAAUGGGAAGGAAAUUCUUCGUUCUGUUGCAAAAUGUCACAAAUUUUUGGGGGAUAAUGUCAUAUGGCAUAAAAAACUAUUUUUUUGAUAAAAAUUUAAAAAACAAUUUUUUUUCGUUUUUAUGGUUUUUCAUUAGGAAUGAGGAUUUUAUGACAUUUGUCAUUAGAAAUGAGGAUUUUUUGACAUUUUUCAUUAGAAAUGAGGAUUUUGAUGACAUUUUUUAUUAGAAAUGAGAAUUCUAUGAGAUUUUUCCUUCUAAAAUGUCAUCCAGAACAACUUCCCUCUCUGCAACGUAUUUUACAAUAUAUUGUUAUAGCCAAUUAUACACUUUAUCUAGUUGAUUGUUAGUUUUCGAGACGUUCCCAGUCCAAAUAAAUGAAUGACUGGCCAGCCGGCCAGUGAAAAGUGGACACUCAUUCAUUUACCUUUUAGUUUUUUGCUGAAGCAAGUGUCAUUCUAACUUAUUGACAUCUGCAAAACCCAUUUUUCUUUUUGCUUCUGGGCAUUUUUUACAUUUUUCGGGGGAUUUUUGAUGAUUUUUUUUGUUUUGUAAAGAAAGUUUUUGCGGUUUUUGGAAAAAUGUGUUAUGUAAAGAAAGUUCUUACGGUAUUAAAAAAAAAGCUUUGGAAAGAAAGUUCUUGCGAUUUUUGUAAAAAUGAGUUUUGUAAAGAAAGUUCUUGCAGUUUUACGUUAAAAUCUAAAAUUUCAACUUCUUUGAAAUCAAAUAACAACAAAAAAUGGUCAAGUCUGAUCAAACCCUACGGCUUUUUGAAACGUUUUCCGAUCCCUCGAGGCUGUUAAACCUCAAAAAUUCCCGUUGGUCAUUCCGGACAGAAAACUUUAUGAAACACGCUUAAAGUGUGGGCGAUUAAUCAUAUUUUAUAUAACCAAACGUAUACUUGUUUGAUUAAUCACUUUUCAGUAUGGUUUUGGUAAAUUUUCAAUUUGACUUAAUUUUUUUUUGUAAAAUACGGUUCGGACUUGGUCGAAUUUAAAGUAGGUAAGAUCUUGAGCAGGACGUAUAAUGUGAUCUAGAGUCAUGUAGUGUAUGCUAUAUUUACGGUAUGUUAAGAUGGGAUAGAGUAGAGUAAGGUAGGAUGGUAUAUGGUAAAGAGUAGGGCUAGGCAGGGACGUCGUUUGGGGGGGGUGGUUCGAGGUGACUCCCCCCCCCCAGAGCCGAUCCGAAAAAAAAUCCACAGGUAGGUACCUGUACGCGGAAAAACGAAAAAAAAAUUUUUUCGACUUCCCCCCUCCCCCAGAGAAAAACCGUAGCGACGUCCCUGGGGCUAGGAGCUGAAAAUAAGGUAAGAAUGGGUACGGUGUGGUAAAAAUGAGUAGGGCCGGUUAGGCUAGGAUAUGGUCGGGUUAUCUACGAGAAAUUUAUGUAUAGUAAGUUAGGAAAGUGUAUGCUGGGAUGGCUAUUGUAUUGCUGGGUAGGGUAGGGUAGGGUAGGGUAGGGUAGGGUAGGGUAGGGUACGGUAGAGUAGGGUAGGGUAGGGUAGGGUAGGGUAGGGUAGGGUAGGGUAGGGUAGGGUAGGGUAGGGUAGGGUAGGGUAGGGUAGGGUAGGGUACGGUAGGGUAGAGUAGGGUAGGGUAGAGUAGGGUAGGGUAGGGUAGGGUAGGACAAAUGAUAAAAAGCAUAUGUUUGUGUACCUCUUAGAAAAAAAUUUUUUUUUGACAUUUUAAACGUAAGCUUACUGUGUUUGCAAGCCCGUUUACUACGUAGUAAUUUUCUUGUUUACCUUCGAGAUUAUUAAUUUAAGUUAGGAAAUAAAUAAAAUAAUAAGGCUUUAAACGCAAAGGUAAUCUCACUUGGAGCAACGACGUAGAGGAGUUUUCACACUGUUUUAUUGGGUUAUGCUUAUCAUUUUGUUUAUAAUUUUUUCCAUAAACUUAGUUUAUUAUAAAGAAUUGUAUACUCAGUUCACCCGGAAGUAUUUUAUCUUUUCGAAUACUAAGGAAUGACAGUAUUAAGUUAUCUAUGAUAUUCUAAAUUAGAGACAAAACAUUUUAUAAUGCGUUUUGUCUAAACGUGUUUCUAUGGAAAAAAGUUUGGAUGUUAUAGCUUUUAUUUUCAGUAGUGUUGGCAUUAAUCAUAGUAGUAGUAUAGAAAAAAGUAUUUUAUUCUCAUCUCCGUCCCCCUCUCAAUUUUUUUUUAAAAUUGGUUGAACGUGGUCUCCUCUGUUAAUAUUUUUGAUAAAAAAUUUAAAAAAUUCUAAAAAUUUUUUUUACCCUGCCCCCAAAAUUUUUUUAAAAAAUUUUUAUUACUUGUUACCCUCGAUUUCGAGUCAAAAUUGAAAAAACGCAGAAAAAAAAUAUUUUAUCCCACCCUCAAAAAAUUUUUUUGCAAAAAAAAACGAAAUUCUGCCCUUAUCGAGGUUUAAAAAAUUCUCUUUUCUUCAACCUUAUUCUACCCCACCCUAUCCUACUCUCCCAGCCCAAAAUUACCCGCCCGCCACUGAUUAUACGUCUUGAAAAUCAAUUUUUAAGCCCCGAACGAACACCUAUUUACGAUAAUAAUUUCGUUUUUUUUGCAGGACAUGCCGGGUGUGGCUUUGUUGGAGGAGCCGACAACACCGCAACGUUUGGCGGUGAGUUUUUCUCAAAUCCUCGAUUUUAUGCAAAUCUCGUGGUUUUUGAGGUCUAAUCAGAGCGUUUAUUCGAUUUCAGCAUUUCCUCUCCAAACCCUUCCGCACGAAUCCUUUGAAACGAACCAAAAGUGUGUCCAAAUUGGAGCGCAACACUUACACGGAUCCGAUUGGGUGA